AUGGAUCUCGAGAGAUCAGGGCAGCUUGCGGAGCUGAUCGGGGCGUGUGCGUCGGCGGCUGCGGGGGAUCUCAGUAUCGGGACUGUGGCCGAGGCCACUGGAUGGUCGUGGGAGCACGACGAGGAUGAGGAGGUGGAUACAGAAUUAUAG